UCUCGGAGGCGGUGGAGUGUGGACGCGGGCUGGAUCCCCCCCCGCAGGGCUGCUUCCACGGGGGUCUCCGCAGGAGCGCGCGCAGGCGUGGGGACUGCGGCCCGGGGUGGUCCCCUCCCCUCCCGCGCCCCCCGCGCCCCCCGCGCGUCACCGCCAGCCCAGCCUCGGCGCGCCUCCCCUGCUCCUCCUCCCGGCUGGGUCCGGCGGGGGGCGGGAGCAUCGCGGGCGGGAGGAGCGCUCCUAGGCCCGGGAGCUCGGCGGGCCCUGGGCGCGUGGGAGCCACGGCGCGGCGCUGCGAGGCCCGGAGAGGAGGGCGCGGAGGACAUUCCCGAAGGUCUUAGAAGCAUUUCUACCAUGGAAUCUAUUUCUAUGAUGGGAAGCCCCAAGAGCCUGGAGACUUUUUUGCCUAAUGGCAUAAAUGGUAUCAAGGAUGCAAGGAAAGUCACUGUGGGUGUGAUAGGAAGUGGGGAUUUUGCCAAGUCUCUGACCAUCCGGCUUAUUAGAUGUGGCUAUCAUGUGGUCAUAGGAAGCAGAAAUCCUAAGUUUGCAUCUGAAUUUUUUCCUCAUGUGGUAGAUGUCACUCACCAUGAAGAUGCUUUAACAAAAACAAAUAUAAUAUUCGUGGCUAUCCAUAGAGAACAUUACACCUCCCUGUGGGAACUGAGACAUCUGCUUGUGGGCAAAAUCCUAAUUGAUGUGAGCAACAACAUGAAGGUAAACCAGUACCCAGAAUCCAACGCAGAGUAUCUGGCUUCACUAUUCCCGGAUUCCUUGAUUGUCAAAGGAUUUAACGUUAUCUCAGCUUGGGCACUUCAGUUAGGCCCCAAGGAUGCCAGCCGCCAGGUUUAUAUAUGCAGCAACAAUAUCCAAGCUCGACAACAGGUCAUUGAACUUGCCCGUCAGCUGAAUUUUAUUCCUGUGGACUUGGGAUCCUUAUCAUCAGCCAAGGAGAUUGAAAACUUACCCCUGCGACUGUUUACUCUCUGGAGGGGGCCAGUGGUAGUAGCCAUAAGCUUGGCCACAUUUUUCUUUCUUUAUUCCUUUGUCAGAGAUGUGAUACAUCCAUAUGCCAGAAACCAGCAGAGUGACUUUUACAAGAUUCCUAUUGAGAUUGUGAACAAAACCUUGCCUAUAGUGGCCAUUACUCUGCUGUCCCUGGUGUACCUGGCAGGCCUCCUGGCCGCCGCCUAUCAGCUUCAUUAUGGCACCAAAUACCGCAAAUUUCCACCUUGGUUGGACACCUGGUUACAGUGUAGGAAACAGCUGGGCUUGUUGAGCUUUUUCUUUGCUGUGGUCCAUGUUGCCUACAGCCUCUGCUUACCGAUGAGGAGGUCAGAAAGAUACUUGUUUCUCAACAUGGCUUAUCAGCAGGUUCACGCAAAUAUUGAAAAUGCUUGGAAUGAGGAAGAGGUUUGGAGAAUUGAAAUGUACAUCUCCUUUGGCAUCAUGAGCCUGGGCCUGCUGUCCCUCCUGGCAGUCACGUCAAUCCCUUCCGUGAGCAAUGCUCUAAACUGGAGGGAAUUCAGUUUCAUUCAGUCCACGCUCGGCUACGUCGCUCUGCUCAUCAGCACUUUCCACGUGUUAAUUUACGGAUGGAAACGCGCUUUUGCAGAAGAGUACUACCGCUUUUACACACCGCCAAACUUCGUCCUUGCACUGGUCCUGCCCUCGAUUGUCAUUCUGGGUAAGAUGAUCUUACUCCUCCCAUGCAUAAGCCGAAAGCUCAAAAGAAUUAAAAAGGGCUGGGAAAAGAGCCAGUUUCUAGAGGAAGGCCUGGGAGGAACAGUCCCUCAUCUGUCCCCAGAGAGGGUCACGGUGAUGUGAUAAGAAGAGGUACUCACUGGUGCCAUAUACACUUCCUCUCACACCGUCGCCUCACGGCUCCCUCCACGCUCCCAGCAAGUGGACCGUCAGUGUGCUGUAGUGUGAAACCUGGCAGUGAGAUGUCAGCUGAAAUAGUGAUAGGAUUUCUUCAAGUUCAUUUUUAUAAAUGUCAUAUUUUGCCAACAUGAGAUUUUGUAGCCCACGUGUGUUGUUACAAUCUAGGACUAUUUUCUUUCGUGUAACCGUAACAGUAUUGCUAUCUUAACUAUAUUGCAUAAUCAGGCAGAAAUAUUUGUAGUUGAUAAUAUAGAACAUUUAGAACACUUGGCAAACCAGCAGAAUUUGAAGCUUUUAAUGUUACUCAGUGGAUAUACUUUUUCUUUGAGGCUAAAGAUUUUAAUUAUUACCCAGUUUAAGAAACAGAAAUGCAUAAUUAUAUAUUAUUGAGGAGGGACACAAUGUAUUAGCAUCUAGGGUGCACAGGAGCAAUCUUAUACCUUCAUAAAAUGGGCCUGGAAAAAUAGCAUUAAUUAUACAAAGCAAUGUGAGUGUAUGAGCACAUACAAAUUACAGACAAACCUGAAAUUGUAUUUAAAAGGCACUGGAGGGGUUGGGGAUUUAGCUCAGUGGUAGAGUACUUGCCUAGCAAGUGCA